CUAUCCACCAUCGGCUCCAUCAGGCUUCUCCGAAUUGGCAAAUUUGUUUCCACCUUACAAUACGACCUCAUCGAGGUCAACCUUGAAAAUAACCCCGUUUACGAUGCGCUGUCCUAUACCUGGCAUCUGGGAAAACAAUCAAGCACGAGAUCCGGAGUUGAUUCAGAGUUUGGAGGAUCGAUCAACUGUAAUGGGAUGAAACUCGACGUGACUGCCAACCUUAGAGAUGGCUUGCUUCGUCUAGAGCAGUUUCGCCAGGAAACGCUUAUCUGGAUCGAUGCGAUUUGCAUCAAUCAACAGGAUCUGCAAGAACGCAGCGCCCAGGUCAAUAUGAUGGGUCGCAUCUUUCGCUCUGCACGCACGGUAGUAGUCUGGCUUGGAGAGCCACCUGCAGACUACGAAUAUGCCAUUCGAUUCAUGGAGCGGCUGCCCUGCAUUAAGGAGCAGCAGUCUGAAAGUCUGACAGACUAUGAGAAUGCUGCCAUCGCUACACUGCGUGAAUGGCUUUCCAUCGGUGAUUUCUUCUGCCAAACAUGGUUCCAACGGUGUUGGGUCAUCCAGGAAACUGUUCUCGCUAGUACCAUUGAGGUCUACAGUGGACCGACCCAUAUCCCCUGGAGUCUGCUGCAAAAUGCUGCGCGGCUCCUCGACGUGGUCCGUCGCCGGUCCUUCUACUUCCAAAUGUGGAAGAAUAAAUCCAUGACCAUCUUGGGCUCAAUCCCCAUGAUACUGCUUGCACGCGAGCACUGUCACCGCGGCAAGCUGUGGCAGCUUGAUACCCACCUUGCCCUGAGUCGCACCUACCAAGUCACCGACCAGCGUGACAAGAUCUUUGCCCUACUUGGCAUAUCGGAUAGAUCGUCGCUGGAGUCCCCAGUGGUGGAACUCGGCGUGUUCAACGUGGAUUACACUAAAUCUGUCGAGCAAGUCUAUGCCGAGUGCAGUGCGCAUUUGGUCGAGGGUCUGGCAGGGUACUCUGUCCUCUCUAUGGUGGAAGCCCGCUCAUAUCCUGCACCUCGCCCCAUCCCCUCGUGGGUGCCGGAUUUCAGCGUUCCACCGAGCCCUCCACCACUCGCAAUCCGUGGACAGUGCCCUUUUUCUGCAGGUGUAUUCACCAGUCCUCUACCUACCCGACCCACUAUCUCCCCUAAUAAGAAAGAGUUGUACCUCCCUGCGGCCGCACGACUGGGCCGCAUUUCCCGUACGUCGGAGACAGGGGAAGAGAUAUAUUCCCUUGAGCGCAUGACACAUUUCUUCCGCUUGCUCGCUGAUCCAGCUCUACGUCUCGCCAAAUCUGCGACCCCAGCAGCAGCAGCAGAAGCACUAUGGCGCACCCUCAUUGCCGACCUCGCUGAAGAGCAGCACCCCGCGCCUGCCUGCCUUGGCACUUCAUUUAACCAAUGGAUUGCCUACCUCGUUGUCCGCGCUCUUGACACUGCUUCCCGUGCCUCUGCCCAUGCUGCUGAUCAUUUCCCCGAUGGGGAAUCUCCACCUGAACCUACCCUUACAUCCGAUGCUGUGCGCGAUUUUAUGUUUUCCGCCGAUCACAUUAUAGGCCUGCGAUCUGCUCCACCAGAAUACCGCUACUCCGACGUCCAUGCUGCAGUGCUCGACUUCAUAGCAGCAUGGGAUGGUGCAAUGCCUUUGCGGGAGCUGCUGGACGCGACGAGGGUGGCUGUGGCGGCAGGAGAUAAGGCCCCACUGGAGGCGACGCACAGGUUUGUGGGAGCGUUCUCGUGGAUGUGUUCUGCGAGACGAGUGUUCAGCACAGAGGAGGGAGAUCUUGGGAUUGCACAUCAAGGUGCGAGGGUUGGCGAUGAGGUGGUGGUAGUGCCAGGGGCAGCGGUGCCGUUUGUGGUGAGGGAGGUUGAGGGUGGUGCGUAUGCCUUGAUUGGGGAGGCAUUCGUGCAUGGAGCCAUGGACGGGGAGGCGCUGGAGGGGAAAGAUCCAUUGGCCUUGGAGGGUCUGCGCUUGGUGUGAGGACUGACCUUUGCAUUGCACCUGAUUAUGAUGGAUAUCAAGAACUCAGUGCCAUGUAUUUCUAGAGGUUAUGGUCGUGCUGAAUAGUUUGCACACAGGUUUGUUGACACCCCACAAGUUGGGAUAUAUAUACUCACCGCUCAGAGAUCGUAGCUAGCGGCCGUUCCUACGAGCAUAUAUAAAUCGUGGCCCUGAAAAACCAAGAUUAUUGCCUUGCUUGCACGCUCCCCGAUCACGAAGCCACAUCAGGAUGUAAAUCACGUGGGGUUUCGGCACAUCGAAACCACGAGCAUUCUGGAAUUUCUGCUGAUGUAUUCAAUACUCUAUGCAUUCAGAAUUUCACGCGUC